AUGGGCAAGGCGGAGCUCGAGCAGCUCGAGACGUGGGCGACGUCGGCCAUCGAGGCGGCGACGGGCAUCGUCGGCGAGCGCGAGAUCGCCCGGCACCUCGCGUCGCAGGCGAGCGCGGACGCGACGCGCAAGGCCUGCUUCGAGCUCCUGGGCCGCGCGCCGGCCGUCGCGGCCUUCGCCGAGGAGCUCGUGGCGCGGCGGGGCUUCGUGCGCGCGCCGGCCGCCGGCGGCGGCGCGCCCGGCGGCGCGUCGCAGCGCGAGAAGCAGCGGCAGCGCGCCGCGCGGCUCAAGCAGGGCGACUCCGAGAAGGCGCCGCUCAACUGCUUGCGCUGCGGCUUCGCCAACGCCGUCGACGUCGCCCGGGCCGCGCCGGACGUGGCGCCCGAGCGCGCCUACGCCGACGCGCACCGGCGCCUCGGCGACCGCGCGGCCGCCUGGGGCCGCUGCGCGUUCUGCGGCGACGACCUCGCGGCCCAGGCCGACCCCGCGCCCUGCGACCGCGCCGAGGCGCUCGCGCGGCGCCUCGUCCAGUACGACCGCGAGAGCGCCCGGCGCACGCACGUCAUCGACGACCAGCAGGACUGGUACGCCGUCGCGACGUCCGCGUUCAGCUCGCCCGAGGAGGCCGCGGCGGCCUGGGACAAGGAGGAGCGGCGCCGCGAGAACGCGCGCAAGUCGACGUUCAAGAUCGACUUCGCCGGGCGGCGCGUCGUCGAGACCGAAUUCGAGGAGGAGGAGGCGCUCUUCCAGGGCCGCGCCGAGCCCCGCGUCGCGGCCGGCGACGCGCCGGACGAGGUCUGCGGCGCGCCGGACGCGGUAAGCGUGUAG